AGAAUUUUUUGCAAGAUGAUGAUAAUCAAUUGGAGAUUACACGAGCUAGAUUUGGAAGUGAAUUUUUUGCAAGAUGAUGAUAAUCAAUUGGAGAUUACACGAGCUAGAUUUGGAAGUGUGAUUAAAAGACAUGGAGAUUUGACAGAGCGUCUUGCUAGGGAUUCUGACAAGAUAAUAUUUGAGCGUCUACAGAAAGAGUUUGAAGCUGCACGAGCUUCUCAAACUGAAGAGAUACAUUUAGAUGGGGAAGAGUGGAAUGAUGGUCUACUAGCUACAAUAAGAGAGCGGGUGCAUAUGGAGGCAGACAGAAAAGCAAUGCAUGGGGAUGCUGAUAUAUUAGCAUGUCCUCAGGAAAAAAUUACAUAUAAAAUUGGAAACAAGGUAAGUUAUAUGAUGAAGCCUGCCCAAAACACUUCUUGUUGCAAAUGACUUAUUUUAUUUUUC